AUGGGCGGCGAGUACACGCGGGUCCUGAACGUGGCGUCGCUGCGACCAGGCGACCACGUGUGCAUCUGGGACUACAGUCGCUGGCCGCUGUCGUACCAGCACCACGGCAUCCUCUGGGCCUCGGGCUCGACCAGCAGUGACAUUCGCGUGUGCCACGUCUGGAGUCCGCUCGAGGGGUUCCAAGCCGCGCAGGCCGAUUCGUGUUUCCGCAUCUCGACGCUCGACGAGUUCCUCGACGGGCGCAAGCAGCGCCAUUUGCGGCUGGUCGAGUACCACACGUCGGGCUUUCGGGAGGUGCUGUCGCGACGAGGGGAAGUGCACCUGCGGAAAGCAGAUUUGCCAGAAGUAGUGCUCGCGCGGUGCAAGUUCUUGCUGGGCCUGGGCCGAGGCGACUUUAAUCUGUUUACGCAAAACUGUGAACAUGCAGCCCAUUGGUGCAUGACGGGCGAGCAGUGGUGCAAACAGACGCUGACAAAGGUUCGAGGACGCGUGCCGUUUGAAAAGCGGCUGGCGAAAGAAGACGUGGACGCGCUCGUGAAGGAAGUGGAGGAGAUCAAAGCCAGCUCCCGCUCGGUGGUGAGCAACGUGCUCAAGCUGUCAGGGUCCGAGGUGUUUCUACGAGUCAAAGGCCGGUAUUACGUGCAGGUCCAGCAGGAUGGCAGGGUGGGCAUUGUGCCGCAAGGACAGGACCCGACAACGUGCGGACGAACAGCGUUUCGCCUCGAGUGCUAUGCGAGAGGCUACAAUAGUAUCCGGGUGCGCUUUUUCCACCAAGAAUCAGGCUGCUACAUGUUCAGUCGAUCGACGUUCAGUUGUUUUCGUGACUUGCGAAUGAAAAAGCCGGUGGCCGUGCGUGGCAAGUCUGGACUCACGUGGGAGUACUCGACGCUCGGAUAUCUGAGGAGUAUGAGUCAGCAUCGACGAUACGUGGGUGCACGGAAAGAUGGCUUGCUGCUUGAUGUGAGCAUGCGUGGAGAUGCUGCACGCGUGGAAUUUGUGGCUUGUGAAGGACCAGCUGAAGCAUACACUCCACCGGACAUUCACCAAGUCACGCGCACGUACAAUCACGAAAAGUCUGUGCAGUAUACCGAGUCGCAGAGUAUGCGAGACUACAACGCGGCCGAGCACGACAAGUUGUCGCCCACGUGGUCUCUGACGACGCUGACGACAGCACGGGCAACAGCAGUGACAGCUAUGCCCCUGUUUGGUUCAGCAUGA